CAUGCAUUGGAGAUGGCGUUAGCCAAUGAAUUAGAGCAAAUAGGUCAAAUGGAAAUUAAACUAGAACACGAGACAUUGCUCCUGGAUGAAGAUACGAAAAUAUUAGCAAAGCUCAAAAGCGAUAAAAAAGCAGUUGAAACUAGAAAUAAAAUGCUUCAUAGGACAAAAGUAAGGUUCAAACGUGAGCAAGCAUAUACCCUUCACCCGCUUUUAAAGAAUGAAUUUAAAGACGCUAUCGAAGUAGAUGAUGAAUUAAUUAAAGGGCAUCUUAAACCAUUAAAAGAUCGAUCAUCGUCCCUUUGGGAUCCCGAACAAGAUCAUGAACUUUGUGAAAUCAAAAGGUCAAUUUCUUCUCAUUUACGGUCGAUUGAAAAAAAUACAAAGGUGAUGGAUAAUAUAGUAAGUAAAGUCGAAGAGGCAGAAAAAAGUUUGAUACAACUUAUGAUGAAGGCUAGGGAUGAUUAA